AUGUGUUGUACGGAGCAAAGUAAUGCCAUUAAUGGAAAUUGUAAUGGAAGACAGGAAGUAACUCCAAAUCAUGAAGGAUUUGAAUUAAUACUGAAUUUGAAAGAUCAAGUCUUUUCUCAUUUUUUAUGCUUCCCAUUAUGUUCACACGUUGAGGAAAUUUGGAAUGCUUCCAUAGAAUUGCAGGAUAAACACUUAAGGGAUUACAAUAAAGCGUUCUUUGUUACACAUUUUAUGCUCGUUUGGCCUAAUUUUCGAAACUGUUUAUGUGGACAUCUCAUGAAAAUAGCCAAAGAAGAAAAAUCAAAAGAUUGUUUUUGA